AUGAUUGAAGAGCACAGGGUUGAGACGGGUUUAUUAGACGAUACGAUGGACAUGAUGAUUGUAGCAGGAACAGACAAAGAGGGAUCAGCUUCUGAUCAACUGAACGGACCGGCAGGGAUCUUUGUCGACACGAACUUGGACUUGUAUGUAGCAGAUUCUGGAAAUCAUCGAAUUCAACUUUUUUCAUUUGGUAAAAAAAUUGGAAAAACAGUAGUAGGACUCGAUUCACCAGAUAUUACAAUUAUGCUCGCAUGUCCGUAUUCGGUUAUAUUAGAUGCGAAUAAGUAUCUUUUUAUUUCGGACCAUUGUGACGGUCGUAUUGUUGCGUCCGGACCAAAUGGUUUUCGAUGUUUAGUUGGAUGUGAUAAAGAAGGUUCUCAAUCUCAUCAGUUAAAAGGACCAAGGACAUUUAGUUUUGAUGUUGAUGGAAAUUUGUACGUUGCUGAUGGCCAUAAUGGUCGAGUUCAAAAAUUUGAUUUACAAAAAGAUUCUUGCAAGACUGUUGUUGCCUCAAACAUUCAAACAAUAUAUUCGUCUACGCUCACAAAAAACCAUACAAUGUUUUCGCGCACAAGAUUCAGUGAAUUCAAAUACCAUUAUGAAGCCAUCAAAGUGGUUGUGAGUAAAGAUGACUUUUACACUCUCACUGCUAAUAGUAAUAUCGAUCUCUAUGGCCAUGUAUAUAAAGAUCAAUUUGAUCCACACAAUCCUACGUUCAAUAUAAUUGCAUGGAAUGGCAAGCACCAUAAUCAAAGUCAGUAUCAAUUCACACUUGAGCUUUUAGUCAAUAUAACAUAUAUCUGGGUUGUAACAACAUACGAGCCGAAUGUGAUAGGUUCAUUCUCAAUCACCGCACUUGGUUCAAAGACGGUUCGUCUUGUACUCAUGGAUAUACAACCGUCGAUUGAAUCAAUAUACACGUCAAUGUUAACAGCACAUUAUGAAAGAUAUUCUCCUCAUCCUUGUGAUAACCACAGUCCAGGUCCUGCACGUUUUUAUGAAGCAAUAGAAAUAACCGUGAAUGAAAAUGGUACUUAUACUGUUCUGGGCAGCAUCAAUAUGAAUAUAUCUAUGCCGAUUUAUAUCUAUAAACGUGAUUUUCAUCCACAUGUUCCCUUCAGCAAUCUGCUAAGGGAAAAUGAGAAUUGCUAUGUUUAUAACGCACCUCAAAUUACCGUUGAGCUUCUAACCUCUAUUCGAUACAUAUUGGUCGCGUCACCAUGCCUAAAAUCUAUGCUAGGAGCCUUCGUAAUCAAACUAUUUGAUAGAAGUAGUAUCAGCUUUCAACGUAUAAAUACUUCGUCAUAUAUACUCUCAAACUAUUCAUCGCACCUAUCAGCAGCUAAUCAACUAUAUCAUAAAGCUUGUGAUCGCUCAUACUUUUACUAUGAGACGGUACGAUUAACUGCACUCAUUGAUGGAUACUAUGGUUUUUGGUCGGUUUCUCCUGCAUCUCCAAUAGAAAUAUAUAUCUACAAAAAUCAUUUCGAUCCAUUAAGUCCACAUGAAAAUUCAGUUAAAGUCGAUGCCCAGGACUGCUUUGCAAAUCAUCGAUCGAAAUAUGCAGUGUACCUUUGGUCUGAUGUUACAUACAUAUUGCUUAUAACAACAUUAAGUCCAUCGAUGACGACACAGUUCAUAAUCGAUGUUUAUGGUCCAGCAAGUGUUUCUCUUCAACGCAUUGUGGACAAUUCCACGUAUUGUCGUGUGGGCGGCCCGUGCAAUGUUCGAGUGAAAAGUAUUGGUUUAACUCUCGAUGAUAUUUUACGGUUGGAAGUCAAUCGAAAUAUGGCGAUGCAUGAUCAAUCAUUUCUGAUCAAAAUCAGCGGCGCUUUGACAGUGCUUGUGUUUAUUGCUGGUUUUCUCAAUAGCGCUUGUUCAGUUUUAACAUUUCAAAAUCCAAAGUCACGAACAGUUGGAUGUGGAUUGUAUCUUCUUGCAUCAUCACUUACCUCCAUUUUUACAAUUAUAAUGUUUACAAUAAAAUUCUGGUUUGUUGUUGUCACACAAAUGAACACGUCCGUUCCUCAGUCUGCUCUUCGCGGUGGUUGUAAGUCGAUUAAGACUCUGCUCAAACUCUUCUUCUAUUCGGAUGCUUGGCUCAAUGCGUGUGUAGCGGCCGAACGUGCGGUGAGUGUUUACCAAGGAGUAGGUUUUGAUAAAGAGAAGAGUAAACGCUGGACUCGACGGAUCAUAUUUAUCUUGCCGAUUGUGAUCAUGAGCUCAAUUAUUCAUGAACUACUACACCGUCAAGUGUUCACGCAUGAAAUAAAAGGUGAACAAUCCGUCGGUAAAAAUGCAAGCAUUUCAGGAAAAAUUGUAACCAAACAGUACUUCUUGUGUAUAACUUCCUAUUCUCAAUCCCUUCAAGAUUAUAAUACAGCUAUUCUAUUUAUUCAUCUUCUUGGACCAUUUAUCGUAAAUCUGCUGUCCGCUUUAUUCAUCAUUAUUGGAGGUGCUCGACGAAGAGCGGAAGCCCAAAAGAAACAUACAUUAUCGCAACAUAUUCGAGAACAAUGGAAUGAACAUAAACAACUUGUCAUCAGCCCGAUAAUUUUAGUUCUUCUGUCAACACCACGCCUGGUUAUUUCGUUAUUAUCGGAAUGUACAGACGUCUCUCGUCAUACCUGGCUGUACCUCUCUGGAUAUUUCAUUUCAUUUAUACCAUCGAUACUUGUCUUUGCUGUGUUUGUUCUCCCUUCGAAUUCCUAUUGGAAAACUUUCAAAGAAUCGUUGUUUAGGAUUUGUAAGAGACAGCGAUCAUAG